AUGCUCAAUCUGGACCAAGCGAUCAGCAAGCUGCGUUCCUGCGAACACCUGCCGGAGUCAGAGCUCAAGAGCCUAUGCGAGCUGGUCCGGAGUAUCCUAGUCGAAGAGCCCAACAUCCAACCCGUACGAUCACCCGUGACCGUCUGCGGCGAUAUCCAUGGCCAGCUAUGGGACAUGAUCGAGAUGUUCAGAGUCGGCGGGCAACCGGGGCUGACGAAUUACAUACUCAUGGGCGAUUUCGUCGACCGCGGCCAUUUCUCUCUCGAGACCUUCUCGUUACUCUUGGCUUACAAGGCUCGCUAUCCCGAUCGGGUCACCCUUCUCCGAGGCAAUCAUGAAUCCCGAUCGAUCACCCAGGUUUACGGCUUCUAUGAUGAGUGUCAACGGAAAUAUGGCAACGCCAACGUAUGGAAAGCUUGUUGUGCGGUAUUCGACUGUCUCAACCUAGCUGCUAUAAUCGAUUCAACUAUCCUGUGUGUCCAUGGAGGUCUCUCACCUGAGAUCCGCACCUUGGAUCAGAUACGGGUGUUGAGUCGAGCCCAAGAGAUCCCCCACUCUGGCGCGUUUUGUGAUUUGAUGUGGUCUGACCCUGAUGAUGUUGAGGGAGGUACUUGGUCGGUUUCGCCACGAGGAGCUGGAUGGCUAUUCGGCUCCGCUGUUGCGGGCGAGUUUAACCAUAUUAACUCACUGAGCUUGAUCGCCCGAGCCCACCAACUAGUACAGGAAGGAUACAAGUACAUGUUCCCCCCCGAGAACAAUCUCGUCACCGUCUGGUCGGCCCCCAAUUACUGUUAUCGUUGCGGAAACGUGGCCAGUGUGAUGUGUGUUAAAGAGAAUACAUUGGUCGACCCCGAGGAAAGCUUCAAGAUCUUCUCGGCUGUUCCAAAUCAAACCCGCAUUCCUCCCGAUAAAUCCGGCACCUCUCAAUACUUUUUGUAG